AAAACAUCCGCAUUUUCGACUAACGUUUAUGCAUUAACCAAUAAACGUGUUUCUUACAAUCACAUAAGGAUUUUGAUUGGUAGAUGAUAUCCUUUUAUAUAACCUGCAACAACUUCGCGAUCUCAUUUCUCCUGAUAAAGUGAAAGUGCAAGGAGUUAACAAAAAUGGCUGGUGAUGGCAAGUGGAAUCUACAAGAUGACAUACGUGAGGAUGAUCCUGAAAUGCACGCCCUCAUCACAGCAGAGAAGGACAGGCAGAGGAAGGGCUUGGAAAUGAUCGCUUCAGAGAAUUUUGCGAGCAAGUCUGUUUUGCAAGCAUUGGGAUCCUGUUUGAAUAACAAGUACUCCGAAGGACAGCCAGGACAAAGGUACUAUGGUGGUAAUGAAUACAUCGACAAAAUCGAGCUGUUGUGCAAGAAAAGAGCAUUAGAAGCCUUUGGUCUUAGCCCAGAGGAGUGGGGCGUGAAUGUUCAGCCACACUCUGGAUCUCCUGCUAACUUUGCUGUUUACACUGCAUUGAUUGGGCCGCAUGGUCGAAUUAUGGGGCUGCAUUUGCCUGAGGGUGGACAUUUGAGUCAUGGCUUCAUGACAGGAACAAAGAAAAUUUCAGCAACUUCCAUGUUCUUUGAAUCUUUUCCAUACAAACUAGACCCUCUUACUGGGACUAUAGACUACGACAGACUUGCUGAAAAUGCAAAGCUCUUCCUUCCCCAAAUAAUAAUUGCAGGAGUUAGCUGCUAUUCCCGUCACCUUGACUACAAAAGGUUCCGAGAGAUUGCAGAUGAGAACGGGUCCUACCUGCUGGCUGACAUGGCCCAUGUGAGCGGUUUGGUGGCUGCAGGACUGGCUCCGAAUCCCUUCGAGUACUGCGAUGUUGUGACCACCACCACACAUAAGACACUUCGGGGAGCACGAUCAGGAAUGAUCUUUUUCAGAAAAGGUGUCCGCAGAGUGAAACCAGAUGGCACAAAAGAGAUGUACAACCUGGAGCGACCAAUCAAUGAAGCAGUGUUCCCUGGCCUGCAGGGGGGUCCACACAAUCACCAGAUUGGUGCCGUUGCUGUGGCUCUAAGGCAGGCCUGUCAGCCUGAGUUCAAGGUGUACCAGAAACAAGUCCUGGCAAAUGCUCAGGUCCUCGCCAAAGAAUUCCUUGCACGCAACUACACACUUGUGUCGGGUGGGACAGACAACCAUCUGAUCUGGGUGAACUUGAAACCAAUGGAAAUCGAUGCUCAUCGCGCAGAAAGUGUCCUGGAGCAGAUUGGCAUUGCUGUGAACAAGAACACUGUACCAGGAGACAAGAGCGCUCUGAGGCCCAGCGGUCUGCGUAUCGGCUCCCCCGCACUGACCUCACGAAACAUGAAGGAAGAGGAUUUCAAGAAGAUUGUUGACUUUUUGGACAAAGGUAUAAAGCUAUCCAAAGAAAUUCAGUCCAACUGUGGGCCUACAAUAAAGGAGUUUAAGACCAAAUUGGAAGAAGAUGAAGCCGUGAGAGCUCAGAUAUCUGCUCUGAAAGCUGAAGUUGAAGCGUUUGCCGUGCAGUUCCCACUUCCUGGUUUUGAUAGCUGGUAGAAAGUUGUGUCACUGACAGAGUGGGAGUUGUUGGUUGAAAUCCAAGGUUUAUGCCAGGGUUAUCGUUAGAUGUUUAGAUUCUAUAGACCUUGUGCUUGAAAAAUUAUGGAGUCAGAUUUUCAGAUGUUAAAUAUUUAAAUAUUUAGAUGUUAAAAAUUUAAAUUUAAUUAUUUAACUACUUAGUUAGUUUCUUUGUGCAUACUAGUUCAUUCUCUCUCAAUGUUUCUGAAAUCCCAUUUUACCCAAAUACUAUGCAAUUUAACACAAUUUGUAUUGUAUAAAAUAUACUAUUGAUUUAGCUUUCCCGUUUGCAUUAAAAAUCAUGCAAGUCAGAUGCAUGGGGUAUGACAUUUAGUAUUACAUAGUUCAUUAAAUUGUUCAAAUAAGGCAAGUUAGAUGCCAUGUAACUGAUGUUAUUGAUGUACAUUCUCAUGACAAUGCAUACUGGAAUCACUAUGGACGACUAUCUAUGUCACAAACUUGUCUGUAGGUGUUCUCCUACACAUUCCAAAGUACAACAUUCAAAAUGUAUACCUGUACCUGAAGGCUUUGUUUCUUAUGAUAAGAAUUCUUGCAUGUGCUGUUUGUGUAUCAUCAGGUGAUGGGGGAGGGUAUUCUUCAUCAUUCUUGUGACAAAUUCUAUAAACUUCCUGUUUUAUUAUUGAAUUUUGUACAUGUAGCUUUCUUUCAAUAGAAUAAAUGAUUUCAAUAUACUAGUAACUAAAACUGCAUAUUCAGGGGUGUGAUUUUUCUGAGGAUUUCCGCGGAUCGGGUUGUCCCGGAUGUCACAUCGUGUUCUUAAAAUGCGCUCUGUAAUUUGUUUGCAAAUGGCGCCGUUGUGAAGAGAAAAUUAAGAUUAUUGAAAUAACAAAAAGCAAUCGAAUAAACGACUGACAUCACCUAGUCUGAUAGGAAUAAUGAAAUGUGUUUGUCAAAAAAAAGACUACGUUUUAGAUACAAGCAACACAUAUUUUGUUAAGAAAUGUGCCCACUGAAUUUGUGUCACGGAAACCAGUGUUUGCAAAUUGGAGUGUAGUCUACUCGCGAAGUAAAACAAUUUAGAGAGUAUCGUUCGAACAUGGUAAUAGACAAACAUGAUUUGAUUUUUAUAUGUCUGUGGGUCUGUGUAUAAUCAGAUUCAUAUGCAUAUUCUGCUUUAUUAUGUUUGUCACGCUGUUCAGUUAACUGAAAUAGCUUUGAACUGAGUGAAGAUGUGAAAUGCAAGAUAUUGAAAGGUAAACAAAUUAAAUAUAUUAAUUUAACUCAAUUAUUACAUCAUUAACACCAGAAGAACACUCAAGUGUGUUUGUUUAUAUUUAGUCUAUUAACUGUCAUUCAAUACAUUGAAAAACUGCUGCUAUUGAUCACAAUAAAUACUUACUUAACUGUUUACUUUGCAUCCUCAGUAUGUUAAAUGUGAAGUUCAACAGGUUUUUAUAAAGAAAUAUUGUUAUGAAGUUCAAAAAGUUGUUUAUUUUAAUGUCUGUUUUUAUGUUUGUUAUUGCGUUAUGCGCGCCAAUCGCGUAGUCAAAAUCAGUCAACAGAAUUUUCCUCCCCUCUGACUUUGCCUCAAUCACACCCCUGAUAUUGUGACAUGACAGACCCAGACAUGAGAUUUUUAAUAUAUUUUGAAUUUACUUGGCGUGUACAGUUUUAUGUUGUAUUGUACAUAUGUUAGUAUUAGGUUAACCUGUUUUUAAAUUUCUUCUGGACUUAAAUUCAGAUCCAUAUAUUUCAGUACUGGUACAGUUCAAUUUAAUGAUGAUGUUGUUAAUGGUUGAUGGGAUUAUGAUGAAAAGUAAGGCUAAGAAAGUUUUUUAUCACAUGCUAUACCCUGUUUCCCAUGUAUAAUAUCCAUUAAGAAUAUUUUUAUCUUACACAUGUGUAAUAUACUUUUUAAGCGUUUUCAUUGGCGUAGUUUUCGUUCGAUUGACCAAUCGCAUUUUGUUAUUUUGCUGAAAUUACGUUGCAACGUCAAAUGACGUCACAAAAUGUAAACAUUUUAUUAUGUUUGCGUAAAUAUUUAUUUCAGUUGCUCAUUUAAAAGCAUGUGAUAAAAAAGAUCUGACACUCGUCAUAUCAUACCAUAUUGUAUUAAACUCGUCCAAGAAAUUCGUUAGUAAGCGAGCCAAAGACUCGCUUACUGUCAAAAUUCCUGAACUCGUUUAAUAAAAUGUGCUAUGAUAUGACAGCGCGUGCCAGAUCCUAUAUCUAUGUUGCUGAAGAUUUUUUAAUGAUUUGUCUCAAAUUUGUUAUGUGUAAUACACAUUUGGUUUCAUUUCAAUCAUGAAUGUUGAUCAUGCCCAGCUUGGAAGAAGUUGGCGGGAUGGGUGGCUGGAAUUGCUAGGUCUUGUCUGUUUGUUACUUGGAUGGUUGGUUUGGCAGUUAUUAGACCAUUUAGUUGUCAUAUGUUAUCUAUAGUUUGUGUGAUCAUUUAAGUCUGUAUGCUUUGUUAUUUGACAGGAAAAGACGACUUUGAACAAGGUUUUCUACAGAAAAUAAUUCAAAAUCUGCCUUAUAUGUGAAUCCCAUAUUCGAAUUCAAAUAUAUUUAUGCAAUAUUAUUGGCAUGUAAUUGACAGUUCAGCAUAUUGCAAUUAAGACCAUGGUUAUCUUAUCAGAACUAAGUUAUUCAAAUAUUAACCAAAUUUAUUUCUUUGCAAAGGGCAUUUUUUUUUAGCCUCAAGUAUACCGAUAACUGAGGAGGAAAGGAAGGGAGAUACCUUUCAACUUUGAGGUUAUUAGGUCAUGGUUACCAGGGUUUGAAACAUGCCAAGGAAGAAGUGUCACUUUGGAGAUUAAAGGGUCAAGGUCACUGGGGCUUGUGAAAACAUAAUUUCCGCUUAAAUCAAACAUAAAUAAGAACAGAAAUCCAUGAAAUUUAAUUUACUCCUGUUGAAUUAAUGUGCAUGUGCAAUAUUUAAAAACAAAAUAUAGCAAAUAUUGUGCUAUAUUGCAUAUUUUGCUUGUGAGUUAAUUAAUGUUAAAUAAAGAUCUCUUGCUAUAGUCGUGAUGUUUGAUAAUCCAUUUAUUAUUGGAGUUGCAUGACCAGAAAUGUUAAUGUCUGCAAAAUUCACUCACAAAUUUUUAAUAGUUCCAUUCAUAAUAUUGACUUGUAGUCCAUGCUUAAUCAUGUAUGAAUCUGAUUUGAACUUUUCUUUUUUAAAUUAGUUUGUUAAUUAAAUGUUAGUACAUGAAUUAUUAUUUAAAAUAAACAGUUACACAAUGAACUUGGGGACAGUAAUAUUGAUUACAUUAUGAUUCAUUUGGUGCAUAUAAUUGUCAAUAGUUCUUAAUAAAGUGUUAAACAAU